AUGAAUGCCUCAUAAGUGUUAAUGCGAUGGCAGUAUCAAAAGUUCAAUGAUGACUACGACAAGUACUUCUUAAUAAUGUCUAAAAGAUUCAGAAAUAUCUACCCCUAUAGCAUUUACGUCCUCAAUAAUAGUGCACUGAGAAUUUAGCAUGCAUUUUUUAGGUUAUUAGAGAAAAAGCAAAGUUAAAGUCAGAACAAAAAGCAUGGCUCAUAAAUUUUCUCUUUUUCACAAUCCCAUAUCUAAAACUUUUACUAGCAAUCCAAUGAAAUAUAAAGCAGGAAUUCUCUGACUUAAAAGCAAUAGAACUAGCAACACUACAAAACACAAGUAUCUGCAUAAAAUCAAUAAAGUCUUAAUCAUUCUUAAAAAUCAUUAAGAAACAAUAACAAGCAUCCCUUGAAUAAGGAUCUGAUUAGGAUAAGUUAAGAAAAACAGAUAAGCUCAUUAAAGAAGGGCAUUGGACAUCAAUAAAAUUCAAAGCAAGAAUAAUAACAUGUAGAUAAAAGUGGGAUUAGUUAAACUAGCAAAUAACAGUAGCAGCAGUUUGAAUAGCAAUCAUAUGGAAAUUAGUCCUAGACAAAUAAUACCAGUAAUAGAAUGACCAUGAUGCAAGAGUAUAGAUCAUAAUCACCAAAUGCAUUCCUGGUUGAUAAUCGGGGUAGAACACCAAAUAGAGAUGAAAGAGUUCAGACUAUCAAAAAUGGAAAUUAGGUCUCAAAGAAAAAGAAGAGUAGCUCUAAAAAGAGAAAAUUAGCUAAAACUUAAAGCACCUUUAAUGGGAAUUUUACCAUGAGCUCAUCUAAAUAAUACCCUAGUAAUCAUCAAAAUAUGAUACAAAAUGAGAAAUCAAGAAAUAACAGCUAGAAAAGAUAAGGUAAUCUUUAUAGAACUUAGAUUGCUCCAACUAUGGAAAAAGGCUGGAAAAAGAUGGAAUUCGAAACAGUCAAUGGUUUAAUUAAUGAUGCUUUGAACUAUCACCUUAAUAGAAAGUUUAGAGAGAGAAGUUAGCACGACCAUGAUUAAGAGAGUGAGUUUACCAUAGAUUUAGACAAAUUAUAAAGACUGAAAGUAUAAUAGGAGAAGAGAAGGUAAAAUUUGAUGGUUUAGUAGCAAUAUUAGGAGAAGAAACAACAAAACUUUCAAUUAAGUAAGACUCUGACUCAUACUAAGUCUUAGAUACUUACAUCUGAAAAUCAACUAAUUCCCAAUAACACUCAUUCUAAGUGUAGACAUUAACAUAUAGAUGAUGAUAAAUCACAUAGCAGCCAAUCUAGAUCUAGAAGUCCUCCUAGAAAGCAGUUUGUCAUUAAGCCUACUACCAUCAAUCAUUUCACUGGUAAACCCUUAGAAGAGUAGCCUAGAGAUUAUACACCUACUAAAUCUACGACUUUAUUCAAAAAAACCUUUGCAAAACAGCAAAAAGAGCGAGAAAAGGAUUAAUAAUUUCUAGACUAAUAUCACUAGGCAGUUGAAUCUAUCAAGUAUCAUAAGAUGGCUUAGGAUGUGAGUCCUAAUGUCAUCAGAAAUAUGGUUAAGAAUCAUUCUAGCCAAAAUGAACUAGGAAAUCAAAUCUUAACACUAAUUGACAAAGAUUCUACAAAUAAGAUUUCUAAGGAUUUAUUGAUUAAGACCUAAUCAAUGCUUGAAAGAAGUAAAAGUCCUCAUUAAAACUAAGAAUAUAUAGCAAAUAGUAGAUAGUAGUAGAGCUAAAAUUACUAUGAAUCACCUGAAGUCUACAAUUCAAAACCAGUGAAUAUCAAUACGCAUGUUCUAAAGAACAGAUACAAUUAUAAAUAUGAUACGACAUCAAGUCCCACUAGGAAGUCUCCUCAUAAAGAGUCAGAGUUUUCAUUUUAGAGGACUUCAUCUGAGGAAAAAUCUGCUGAAAGAUACUAGCAGUAUAAGUAAUAGACUUAUCACUAGCAGGAUUAUUCACCGAUGAAAACUACUAACCCUAUCUCAACUAUUCGAAGGACUAGGGCACAAAGAUUGAAAAAUCCUGAAAAUGACAAGAACAGCCCAGACUACUCUAAACAUGGUGGUACAUCAGCAUAGAAAAGAGCUUCUGAGAUAAUGGCCGGAGUAAGUCCAAGAGUCAAGGAACUUAAGAACUCAGCUUACCAUUCAAAGAGGUCAUCAAAGAUGAACUCCAGAUCUCAUAGUAAAAAGUCUUCCAGCUUCAGAGCUGAGAAAUGUAUGCAUUUUUCUCACAAUGUUGAGAUGCAUAUUGAAGAUGAAGAUGAAAUAGCAAUAGCCACUGCCAAGUAAUUCUAGAACAGAUAGCUUUAAAACAUUAUUAGAGAUACGCAGAUUAUGAAUAAUAAGGAAUCACUUGAGUAUCUUGACUCUUACUUUUUAAUGACUGAUUCUAACUAGGGCACUCACAGAACUCAUGGAUCAAAGGAUAUUGAUGAAGGUAAAAGAGAUGAAGAAUUAAGAAUUUAAGAAGAGAUUAGAAAACUAAAGCAGAAAUAUCAAAGUAGUGAGUCAAACAGAUAUCGAUCCAAAUCAGGUCAUAAAAAGAAAUCUAGCUUGAACCGAAGCGGUUAGAAGCAGUUGAAUCAGAAUCAUAUCACAGAGAAUGAUAUAUUGAUGUCCAAGUAUAAUUAAGAGAAAGCUGAGCAACUCUACAGAAAUCAUUUAGCUAAUUAAAAAACAGUGCCAAAGAUAAGAACUCAGAAGCAUUGA